UCGGGCUCGCUGGCCUAGGUUCCGCCGCCGCCGCCGCCCGAGAGCUCCGCGGCCGGGCUCCAGCCGCCACGCGCCCUAGCGCCUCCGCGCCAGCCUCGCUCACCCUCGUCCGCUCCCCGCAGUCGCCUGCCCGCGCCCCCCGGGUCCGCAGCUGACCCGCGCAGGAUGUGAACCUCUUUCCCCCCGCCCGGCCUCCCCUGCCCCCCGGGGGCCCGCCUUUGCCUGCUUUUGGGGCGGUGGGUGGGGAGGGGCGCGCGGAUCAUGGCAUUGGAGUUCCCGGGCUUGCAGCCGCCGCCGCCUGGUCCACUCACCCCGAGCGCCCCUUCUUCCCGGAGCAGCAGCGAAGGCGAAGCGGCCGGCGGGGGCGAGGCAGAUGGGGCUCAAGGCUCGACCCCGCAGGGCAUCGGGCUCCUGGCCAAGACCCCCCUGAGCCGCCCCGUGAAGAGGAACAACGCCAAGUACCGGCGCAUCCAAACUUUGAUCUACGAUGCCCUGGAGAGACCGCGGGGCUGGGCGCUGCUCUACCACGCGCUCGUGUUCCUGAUCGUCCUGGGGUGCUUGAUUCUGGCCGUCCUGACCACAUUCAAGGAGUACGAGACCGUUUCGGGAGACUGGCUUCUGUUACUGGAAACGUUUGCAAUUUUCGUUUUCGGAGCUGAGUUUGCCUUGAGGGUCUGGGCCGCUGGGUGCUGCUGCCGAUACAAAGGCUGGCGGGGGCGGCUGAAGUUCGCCAGGAAGCCCCUGUGCAUGUUGGACAUCUUCGUGCUGAUUGCCUCUGUGCCCGUGGUCGCCGUGGGCAACCAGGGCAAUGUCCUGGCCACCUCCCUGCGGAGCCUGCGCUUCCUGCAGAUCCUGCGCAUGCUGCGGAUGGACCGCAGGGGCGGCACCUGGAAGCUCCUGGGCUCGGCCAUCUGCGCCCACAGCAAAGAGCUCAUCACCGCCUGGUACAUCGGGUUCCUGACGCUCAUCCUUUCUUCAUUCCUUGUCUACCUGGUUGAGAAAGACGUGCCGGAGGUCGAUGCCCAAGGAGAAGAGAUGAAGGAGGAGUUUGAGACCUACGCAGACGCCCUUUGGUGGGGCCUGAUCACACUGGCCACCAUCGGCUACGGGGACAAGACACCCAAGACGUGGGAGGGCCGGCUGAUUGCGGCCACCUUCUCCUUGAUCGGGGUCUCCUUCUUCGCCCUUCCCGCGGGCAUCCUGGGCUCCGGGCUGGCCCUCAAGGUGCAGGAGCAGCACCGUCAGAAGCACUUUGAGAAAAGGAGGAAGCCGGCUGCUGAGCUCAUUCAGGCUGCCUGGAGGUACUAUGCUACCAACCCCAACAGGAUUGACCUCGUGGCGACAUGGAGGUUCUAUGAGUCUAUCGUCUCUUUUCCAUUCUUCAGGAAAGAACAGCUCGAGUCCACAGCCAGCCAAAAGCUGGGUCUCUUGGAUCGGGUUCGCCUUUCUAAUCCUCGUGGUAGCAAUACUAAAGGAAAGCUAUUUACCCCUCUGAAUGUAGAUGCCAUAGAAGAAAGUCCUUCUAAAGAGCCAAAGCCUGUUGGCUUAAACAAUAAAGAACGCUUCCGCACCGCCUUCCGCAUGAAAGCCUACGCUUUCUGGCAGAGUUCCGAAGAUGCCGGCACGGGCGAUCCCGCGGCCGAAGACAGGGACUACGGGAGUGACUUCCUUGUCGAAGACAUGAUCCCCACCCUGAAGGUUGUUAUCCGAGCUGUCAGAAUUUUACAGUUCCGUCUCUACAAAAAAAAAUUCAAGGAGACCUUGAGGCCUUACGACGUGAAAGAUGUGAUUGAGCAGUAUUCUGCGGGACACCUCGACAUGCUUUCCAGGAUAAAGUACCUUCAGACAAGAAUAGAUAUGAUUUUCACCCCUGGACCGCCAUCCACUCCAAAACACAAGAAGUCUCAGAAAGGGACAGCGUUCACCUACCCAUCCCAGCAGUCUCCCAGGAAUGAACCGUACGUGGCCAGAGCGUCCACAUCAGAAAUUGAAGACCAAAGCAUGAUGGGGAAGUUUGUGAAAGUCGAGAGACAGGUUCACGACAUGGGGAAGAAACUGGACUUCCUUGUGGACAUGCACAUGCAACACGUGGAGCGGCUGCAGGUGCAUGUCACGGAGUACGACCCCACCAAGGGGACACCCUCACCGGCCGAGGUGGAGAAGAAAGGGGACAACCGGGACCCUGACUUGAAAACCAUCAUUUGCAGUUACUCCGAGACUGGCCCCGCCGAGGCCCCCUACAGCUUCCACCAGGUGCCCAUCGACAGAGUCAGCCCCUAUGGGUUCCUUGCCCAUGGCCCUGUGAACCUGCCCCGAGGGGGACCCAGUUCUGGGAAGGUUCAAGCAGCCCUCCGCUCCUCAACGGCGCCGUCAAUGGAAAGGCCCACCGUCCUGCCCAUCUUGACUCUUCUCGACUCCCGGGGGAGCCACCCGUCCCCGGCUGACCCCUGCUCGGACAGGGUCUCCCCGCGGCAGAGACGCAGCAUCACACGGGACAGCGACACACCCCUGUCCCUGAUGUCGGUCAACCACGAGGAGCUGGAACGGUCUCCAAGUGGCUUCAGCAUCUCCCAAGACAGAGACGACGUGUUUGGCCCGAGUGGGGGCUCGAGCUGGAUGAGGGAGAAACGGUACCUUGCCGAGGGUGAGACAGACACCGACACGGACCCCUUCACCCCCAGUGGCUCUAUGCCACCAUCAUCCACGGGGGACGGGAUUUCCGAUUCCAUAUGGACCCCUUCCAACAAGCCCAUGUAAAGGGGGUCACGGGCUGACUCCUCCUUGUAAUGUAGACAGACUUUGUAUAGCUCACUUGCUCUCACACCUGUCACCUACCAGUGAGGUCACCGGUGGCUGCAUUGAACACAUGCAUGUGCGUGAAGGCCCCCCCCCAGGCAGGGGCUUGUCAUGGCCUGUCCCUCAUGUCACCACAGUGAAGCCACUUCCUUUGACGCAUGGUUUGCAUGACUCUACACUAUAUAAGUGGUACUGCUAACGUCUUCUAGGAUGCACACUUACCUGCCGUUUUUACUCCUACUCCUGAUUGGACCAGUACAGGGAGAAAUUAAUGACGUGCUGUUCUGUUUGUCUGUCUGGUUGGCGGGUUUGGGUUUUGGUUAGGGAAGCAGGGAAGCAGUUUAACUUAUUUCCUGGAUCACCACAUCUCUCUGUUACACAUGCCAAUGGUUGAUUAAUUGUUUUACAAAACAAGCAAAUAAUGCUGUCAACAGAAACACAUCGCAUACCAACGAGGCUGCCUCCUGAGCUAAGAUGUUAGGAGUGAGGUAGUCUCACAUCUCCAAAACCAAGAAUCUUAGAAAUGAUUUUAUUAAGGCGAAAACUAGCAAAACCUUCUAAAAGCCCUCAAAUGACCUCGGUUGGUCUGCCAUUGUCUACUGUCAUGCCUCAGUUUCCUCACCUGUAAAAAAGUGGUGGUAUUCCCAGGGUAGCAUUUCGGAUGAGUUACGAAUUGGCAGGGAGAAAACACUCAUGCACAGGUCUGAAAAGUUCCCAAUUCAUGUAGCCAAGGAUUGUGAAAUUACCAGAAGUGGGGCGCCCCUCUGUGCAGCAGCUAAGUUCAGUGCCUUCAAAAUGAGGUUCCAACUCCCAUCCCUGCCCUGAUACUUAGAUAAAAGAUCCAUCUCAACUAGAAAGUGGCAUCAAAGGGCACAGGACUUACCUGGCCCACAGCCCUCUUUGCAAAGCUGAGAAACCUUUGGCUCAGGCAGAGUGACAUGCCUGGGACCACUCCAUCGUCCCCGGGAGAGCUGGGACUCCAAGCCUGGUCAUCUGACUCAUGCCAUUACCUGGUCUCCUCUGACCACACAACUCUCCCCUUUAUGCAGCAGGUCCCAGAAAUUGUGCCAAGACACCUGUACUCUCCGUUGUGUAGAAAGCACUCACUGCACAAUUUAUGCAGGGGGAGGGGUUGUCAGCUUUUAUUUGCAAAAUGUGCUUACUGAUGCAGUGUAUUUUGGAUCCAGAAAAAAAAUACAAGCAAGCUACAUUUAUUAAUAUGCACAUAGACAGAAUUUCCAGAACCAUCUAUUUCUACUCUUCUAGAUCUUUACACGUAACUGUAAGAGUAGCUGAGGCGCGAGCACAGAGCCCGGGAGACACUGCUCUGCCACGUGAGUGUUACUACGAGGCACAAGUUUAAUGAGCUUAACGAGCUGUGGCCCCUUAAGAGAUAAUGCUACUCUCUGAAAUACUUUGAUGGGAAAGGUUUCUAUUAGGGUUGGGCUUAAUUAGCCAAAUGACUCCUCUGCAGUAAUGAUUAUCUCACCCUUUGCACACAUCUACCCACUGGUUGUGGGCGGUCACCAUGGUAACCCUCAAGCUGAUUGAAGUGGUCUAAACAAAUGUCUCCAUGUAAGUGCACCGGUGUGCGUCCCCAGAGUCAUCACAGCUCUGGCAGACCUGGCUGACGGUUUCAUCGCUACCUAAUGCAGUGGCCUUGUACUCUGAGGGGGAGAGGAAGCACUUCCUAUAAGUCAACAGGUACCAUACAGAAGGCUUAGAACACAGUGAUAAUGAAGGGUUAGUCCCUGACCUUUGGAAUUUGCAACCUAAGCCUUGAGUCCUUGGCCAAGGUCAGGCAGUAUGAGAGGUAGAAAGGGUGUUUUACACAGAGUCCUGUUAACGGAUGGGUGUGGACCUUGAAGUCUGAGCUGGGAAGUACACCAGAAUGAUCAUGCACUUCGGACAUGAAACCCCUGCCCCUGUGGUUUGCCAGUGGCUUCCAGCCAUGUGAAGGGCAAAGGGCAGGGGUCACUUGGUCCUCCUCACAGCUCCCUGCACUAUGCCUGAGAGUGCCAUUUGGGUUACUAACCUAAGAAAUCCUAUGCCCCUUCCCUAGGCCUUGGUUCUUGAUUCUGACCUUCCUAGAAUCUUUCACCAGAAAUGACUGAGCCACCUACCAUACAGAGGUGUCCAACCUGCAGCCACAGGCCGCAUGCAAUUCAGGAUGGCUAUGAUUGCGGCCCAACACAAAAUCCUAAAUUUACUUAAAACACUAUGAGAUUAUUUUAUGCUUAUAUGUUGCAAUGGUAUUGAGUGUGUGGCUCAAGAUAAACCUUCUUCUUCCAGUGUGACCCAGAAAUGCCAAAAGGUUGGACAGCCCUGAUAUGUUACUGUUCUUCUUUAUACAUAUGAGUUCUUUGAAAUAGCAACAAGAAAAACAGAGAAUGAAUCACGCACCCCACACGGACACCCACUAUUUUUCCUGACUUACAAAUACCCUCACCGGACCUAGUAGCCUCAGCAUCUUACGCAAAGAUGCAUUCUCCAGGACCUCAAAGUAAGGCUUUCUCAUCCUCGAGCUAACAAUAGUUACCAGGGACCCAGAGUUACAGGACUGCCUUGGGUUCUUCUAACAACCUAAAAGGAGGGGAGAUGCUAUUAUUUCCUAAGGCCAGGAUGGCAGGAAUUGGCUUUGUGUUUCUUACCACUGUGUCUCCACCAUGUCGUAUGUUGUCAUUGUCAGUGCAAAGGCCAAGUACAUUUUUCAUGAAUGAGUAAGUGAUAAGACUCUUAAGAGCUAUUUUUUCCCAUCUAAGAAAACAAAAAAGAAAAAUAAUCUAGAAUAGUUUGCUUUGAUAUCCCCUUUGAAAAAUAUAUGUGUAAUUUUCCUGAUACUAUAUUUUAUGUCGAUACAGUAAAAAUGAAAAAUACAUAUAGAUAUUCCAGAGAAGCAAACCAAACCUGCUCCCUUUGCCUGCCCCUAGACAACAUCACCAACAUGGCUGGCACUGAUGAAGAAGUUCAAGGUCUAGGACUGAACAUGAGUUCUGGGGAGAAAGUGUGUGCUUCUACAAUGGUCUUUUUGUCAGACAAAAGAACAGCACGAUCUGUUGUGAUGAUCCAGAAGAACUGGUUAAUGACGCGAAGAUUAUACCACUUCAGAUAAUGCCAGUGGUUCUGAAGUUUGCCCAGGACAUAGCAGUUUGGGCAGAAUCCCCUGAAAUGGUGAUAAGUUAAUUCCAUUAUAAAAACUAGGAAUGAUCUUCUUCAGGGAAACUAUGAUCUCACUCUGUGGAUUCAGUCUCUGUGUCCCAAGUGAUAUGAAAAUUUUGAGAGGUCAUGUUUUAGUGGGAUCAGGAAGAAUGAGGUAAAUCUACUUUCCAACUGGUAGUGAAAGGGGGGUUUAUUGGGCUGAGCAGAAAGUGCUUGAGAUCAAGUGUACAUUCUGACUGUCAUACACCAGCACAUGAGGAAACACACACACUCAAAAGGCUUUAAAAAUCGUGAGAGAAAACCCCCCAAUUGGAAAAGUCCUAUUCCAUAACUCUAAUCUCAUUGGAAACUGAGUCAGACUUAUUAGACAUGACACUGACAUCAUGAAGCUCUGGUCUUCAUAAAAACAUAUCUAAAAAGCCCAAGGUAUAGUACAUACAGUUCAAAAUGAGCUAACUGAUUGACAGCUACGCAUUACGCCUUGUCUAUUUUGUGCAAGGCAGUUCUUGGCACUGUAAAUUGAAAGAAAAAUUACUUGUAGAGAAUCCUAAUACAACAGGAUCCACCCAUAAUUCGCCGAGCCCAUUUUCAUAAUUCAAUGCCACUGUAAGGACAAUGUAAUAAAAACAUUUACUUAUUCAUUUACAAGAUUUAUUAAGCGGCAAGGCACUGAGCAAUGCACUUGAAAUUCAGAACUAAGAAAACCACAAUUUCUGCCAUCAAAAACUAGGAAUUUGGUGGCUGCAGAUAUCAGAGCUUCCUUCUAAUAAUGUCUGCCAAGAGUGGCAAGGAAUCUGAUUUCAUCACUGAAGACAACUCUAUGCAGACAGGAAUGCAUUCUCACUUAGAAUCACUGGAAGACUGAGCAUGGAAGAAACUGAGCAAAACUUCUGCAUCAAAACAGUUCGACCAAGGGAAGAAUGAGUGGGUUGAGUGGGGACUUUGGGUUCAAUGCUUUGGACUUGAUAGCUUCAGAUAAGGUGUACAAGAAGAAGGUUCUGGAGACCUGGGAAGGUUCUUGGGUCUGGGGUGGGGGAACACCUCCCCUCUCAAUCCCUACUAGGACUGAGUUCAGGCGAAUAGCUGAGCUGCUUUUCAUCUCAUCAUGUUGACCAAGAGCAGCUUAUGGUACCAGCCAAGACACAGCCUCUGUCUCAAGAGAAAGGUGUGACUCUGCCAUGGGGAUGAGCUGGCCUGAUUCCCCUGGGGUGGAGGAGAAAUUUAUCCAGUGAUCUUAAAAGCUGAUUGCACCUUGGAGAGUGACGCGCCAGGCUUUCCCCAGAAAGCCAUGUAGCUGGUCUUUGUUUUCUGUGAGAGUGCUUCCAAGGCAUCUAGAACCAUGAGAACUUUCUUCGCUUUCUGAACCCCAGGUAUCCUUAAGAAUUUCCUCAUAUCUUUAUUAUGAGGAAGGCUUGCUUAUUUCAAGAGGAACUUUUUAAAGGACUGUAAGUCCUUUCUUUGUAUCCCAAUCAAUCCAAUUUCUUGUCUUACUGAUGUUACACUAUUCAAAUCUGAGCCAACAGUCCCCUAAACAAGGCAGCAGGUAGCAACUCACUGAUGCCCGAGGUUAGAACAUGUUGGAAACCAGGCUACCUGCAUAGCUUUAGCGGUUUUGGAAGCCAGUAAUGGAAAUGUCAGAGAGGUAGGAAGGAUAUAGAGGUGACCUGGAAGUAACUUGAGUUUCAAGACAUUCAGAAGUGUCGGACUUUUCCAACCAGUUUUGAUUUUUCAAUGAGACAAUCAAUAUAUAGGAAGCACCUAGUACAGUGACAGCAAUAUACUGGGGACUGUCAGACAUGUUCCUCUACUAUAGUGUGGACUCCACUGCCUCCAUCUUUGGUAUUAAUUUUGAACUCUAAAUUUACACCAUUGUUUGUUUUCAUAAAAAAUGGCAGAGAUACAAUCCCAAUUAUAACAAAAUCAGGCACUUACACCAUUGCUUUUCGAAUAAGUACAUCUUUACAAAUAAAAAUGUUUACUCUUCCAUCAAAAUGAGAGUGGGGAUACCGGAAUGAAGAGCAGGCCUGUCGGAUCUCAGAGGCAGGGUCGUAGCCGUCCCACUGGACACAAAAUAUCAGGGAUGGCACCAUUCUGUCAGAGGAUGAUUUGCAGGGAGGAAAAGCUGAGUAACAAAAACCAUUCAAAGUAAAGGCACUGGUGGCUUCCUUUAGGAAAAUCAGGCUGGGCCACAAUAUAUGUCAGACACCACCCUCCAGGGGCUGGAGGACUCCCAGAAGAAGUAUUCAAGCUUGUUCCGACUGUCCCCAGGGGCUUUUGUUCACAGGCUUUAACAACCUCCACUUCAGCAUGCCUGUGGGAAAGCUGUGCCCAGUCGUGUGCUUCAUUAGUGCAGAUGCAGGGAGAGAGAAAUUCAUAGGUUCUUAGAUCCUCAGAGCAAGAGGAGACCCUGAUCACGCAGAAGCAGAAUCGCACUCAGUGAGGACUGCAUGACUGGGGGUGCAGAGUGACUAGAGAACCCAGGCCUCCCAGCGUCUGGUCCAGAUGCUGGAGAUCGAAACUAAAAUAACAGUGAGAACCAAGUAUUGCUGUCGGGCCCAGGAGAUGCAGGAAACCUUGCUGCCCACUCUAGACGCUGCUAACUCAGACACAUUUGUUGGGACUUCUUUUGGACUCUUCUGGAAUAUAAUUGAUGAUCCUAUGCUUACAAGAUGACGGCGUUCCUUCUUCCCCUUCCCUCCACUCCUCCCACCCCUUUACUCUGUCCCCUCCUUGCCCUGCCACGUUUGGACUUGUUCAGCUCUUUGGUCUGUGACUUGGGCCCACUCAGCUCCAGAAUCAUGCCUCAGAUGGUAUCUUCUUGUAUAAGCCAAUUUAACAGGAUUUUUCCUUUUAAAAAAUUUGAUGGGUUUGAUUUAGAAUAUGGGAUGUGAUUUCUUUUGGGGUACAUGUGACCCCAAGUUGCCAGUUCUGCUUUUGUGCUGGGGUCUCUGGUCUCGCCUGGACACAGCUGGGUUCCUGUCCCGUCCCACAGAAGGCCCGUUUUGCCCAGGUCACCGCCAGGUUCUCUAAGGUUUCCACCAAAAGCUGCAAAGGAGUAAACGGGGUUCGGCACGAGACAUUUUACUUUGGGGUAAUUAGGAAAUUGCUUUAGGACGCAAACAGGCCUCUGUUGGCUCAAAUGUGGGUUUCCAUAGUCAUUUCCCCUUAUCUUGCUCUUGGAACAGAUUUGCCAGAAUCUGGCCGGCUCCUCAACAGCCCUUGUUGAGCCCAGUAGCAGGAAGUUCAGUUCUCCAGAAUCAGAUGGAACCAGAAGCUCCUGAGAUGUAGAAAAGCGGUCAGUUUUUCAGACAGCGGUAGGUGACCCUCUGAUUUUAGAGACGGGUUCCCACCGAAGUCUUCUUAGCCUCCACAUAGCACUGUUAUGGGUUAAAAUGAGUUCCAGGGCAAAACAAGUCGAAAUGAGCCCUAUAUACAAAUAACCUGAGUAUAACAUAAUUAAGCAGUCAAAAGCCUAGCCCAGUGCUUAGGAAUAUAAUGGAGUGGACAAAAAUUUGAUGCCUCAGAGUCCUGAGAGCUGAGCCUAUUUUCAGAGUUCCGUUCUCCUCCUCUGCCCGCAAGAUGGGAGGCCGGGAAGGACAGAGAGACGGACCCUAAGCUGCCGUUAUGAGUGGCCUGCAGUGUCACAGCUCUCUCUCUCGAUUUCAUGCAAUGCUCACGGCAACCCCUGGGGGAGGGGCACGGCGCCAUCCUGUAGGUAAGGAAACGAAAGCUGAGAGGGAGAAUCAUUUGCCAGAGCUCACUCACUAGGAGAGUAGAGAUGGGAUCGUAACCAAAGCCCGAGAACCUCCAAAGCUCAUUCUCCCCCUACUCAAGUCUCCCAGGUCAAGUGGAAAUGCUACCAAAUUGUGCCCCCUGGUCCUUCCCAUGCCCUGCCCUCCUCUGCCCAGGCAGCCCUACAGUAAAAUGAUCACAGACCCCUUGCUUCCCGGGAGACAAGAGCGAUUCCGGCAGAGGCUGCUCCACUUGGCUGUUAGCGGGUCCUGUCUGUCCCUCUGAGUGGUUCCACACUCCAGCUGUCCGUGGCAGGAAAGAAUGCCACCUAAAUUAUCUGGUUUAUGUUGGCACCAUUAGCUCUCGGAGUUCUGUGCAGCUGCAGAUAAACCCCAUUGCACCCCUUGUUCUCGGCCCGAACAGAUAGAUCUCCUGUCAUUGCUUUAACCAAACAAGUUCAAAUGUCCCUCGUGACUCGGGCCUUUUGUCUCUAGACUGUACCUGUAUUUCAGGUCUUUGAAAAACUGCAGAAACAGGUGAGUCUUCAAAACACUGUCUGCGAGGCCAAACUCUCAAAACAGCUGUGUUUCUCACUGCCGAUGGUAAAAGACAGAGGUUUCCAGUGGAGGCCAACCUGGUCUGGCAAUGCGGGGCUUCUUCCCCACUGAAUCCUUUUUCAAGGGAGGGGAGAGCAGCUUCGCUCUCCGCCUGCGAAGGUUACGAGCCCAGGUUAGAGGCCAAGUUCCACGACUGGUGGAUCCAUUCUGUCAGGUGUCAAAGAUUUUGCUGCUGGAGACACGAGGCAGGCUGCGUGCCAUCUUGAAAAUCGCCGUAGGAGGCUGGGCCACCUUCCUCUGAUUUGUCAAUCAUUCCCUGGUUUAAUGAGAAAAGUGCUCUCGGUGUUGCUUUCGACAGGAUAUGGCUAUUCUUUUUCUCGAUCCUCUAAUGUAGCAGCAAUGGAAAACAAACCCACUGUAUUUGAUUUUGGAUUGUCAUUUCUUUAACCUCCUUUGACAGCAUACGGUUCUGGCGCCUUGCCCCUGAACUUGUCUCCGCGCUCCGAGCAGGCUUUCUUCACAUUCCGGCUUCCAUGGGAACAUUCCACAAGUGGCCUUCAGUGCUCUUUAUAAUAUCAUUUCCUGUAAUUUUUAAAUCGUACGUGUCCUUUAUAUUCUGGCUCUGUCCAAUAUCUGAACAACUUUAACAGGUUGAUUUCCAUAUAUUAUGCAAAUAAUUCUUACUUGAUUUUUUAUGUUCUCUCUUAAAACAAGUAAAUACUGCACCACU